UGGGCCUCAUAAACAACCACAGAACCACAAGUUGGGUAGCCUGGCAGUGUCAGAAGUCUGAGCCCAGCAUAGUGGUCAGCAGGCAAGACGGAUCACUCUGACUGCAAACCACAGGGUUUCGCAGAGUUCUGAACAUCAUCAACCCACAGCCAAGACGCCGCAUUUUUUUUUUUUAAUCUUUACCAAUUUGAAUAUUUGUCUUUGCAAAGGUAAAAGAACUCAUUGAAUCCCCCGCCUUCAGAAGAGGGUGCCUUUUCAGGAGGAAGCGAUGGCUUCAGACAGCAUGUUUGAGUCAUUUCCUUCAUAUCCACAGUGCUUCAUGAGAGAAUGUGUACAUGGAAUGAAUCCAUCUAGAGACGUUCACGAUGCCAGCACGAGCCGCCGCUUCACGCCGCCUUCCACCGCGCUGAGCCCGGGCAAGAUGAGCGAGGCGCUGCCGCUGGGCGCCCCGGACGCCGGCGCCGCCCUGGCCGGCAAGCUGAGGAGCGGCGACCGCAGCAUGGUGGAGGUGCUGGCCGACCACCCGGGCGAGCUGGUUCGCACCGACAGCCCCAACUUCCUCUGCUCCGUGCUGCCCACGCACUGGCGCUGCAACAAGACCCUGCCCAUCGCUUUCAAGGUGGUGGCUCUGGGGGAUGUUCCGGAUGGCACUCUGGUGACCGUGAUGGCAGGCAAUGAUGAAAACUACUCAGCCGAACUGAGAAAUGCAACCGCGGCCAUGAAAAAUCAAGUUGCGAGAUUCAAUGACCUCAGGUUUGUCGGCCGGAGUGGAAGAGGGAAAAGCUUCACUCUGACCAUCACCGUCUUCACAAACCCACCACAAGUCGCCACCUACCACAGAGCCAUCAAAAUCACAGUGGAUGGACCCCGAGAACCUCGAAGACAUCGUCAGAAACUAGACGAUCAGACCAAGCCCGGGAGCUUGUCCUUUUCCGAGCGGCUCAGUGAACUGGAGCAGUUGCGGCGAACGGCCAUGAGGGUCAGCCCACACCACCCAGCCCCCACACCCAACCCUCGGGCCUCCUUGAACCACUCCACUGCUUUUAACCCUCAACCUCAGAGUCAAAUGCAGGAUACGAGGCAGAUCCAGCCAUCCCCACCAUGGUCCUACGAUCAGUCCUACCAGUACCUGGGAUCCAUCGCCUCUCCCUCUGUCCACCCAGCCACACCCAUCUCACCUGGGCGGGCCAGCGGCAUGACGACCCUCUCUGCCGAGCUUUCCAGUCGACUUUCAACUGCACCCGACCUGACGGCCUUCGGCGACCCGCGCCAGUUCCCGGCACUGCCCUCCAUCUCCGACCCCCGCAUGCACUACCCAGGCGCCUUCACGUACUCCCCAACGCCCGUCACGUCGGGCAUCGGCAUCGGCAUGUCAGCCAUGGGCUCGGCCACGCGCUACCACACGUACCUGCCACCGCCUUACCCUGGCUCGUCGCAGGCGCAGGGUGGCCCGUUCCAGGCCAGCUCGCCAUCCUACCACCUGUACUAUGGCGCGUCGGCCGGCUCCUACCAGUUCUCCAUGGUGGGCGGCGAGCGGUCACCGCCACGCAUCCUGCCGCCCUGCACCAACGCGUCCACCGGCUCGGCGCUGCUCAACCCCAGCCUGCCGAACCAGAGCGACGUGGUGGAGGCCGAGGGCAGCCACAGCAACUCCCCCACCAACAUGGCGCCCGCCGCGCGCCUCGAGGAGGCCGUGUGGCGGCCCUACUGAGUGAGGCUGCGCACGCGCGCUCCGUGUGGCCGGACGUCGUCCCGGAAGCGCCCAUCGGGGGCCCAGCGUCGCGUUGUGGAGAAGCCCACGCGGGCCCGGCGAGGGGUGCUCGCCCCCUGCCAACUGCCUGCGGUCGCCAUCUCUCGCUUCUGAAGUCCGCGCAGUUCCCUGCCGCUGUGGGCCCGUCUCAGAUUUUUUUUCUUCUAACCUGACGCAACUUGAGGGUGUCCGCUUCAGCGCCCUGUGGACACGUCGUUAAGGCAAACAGGAAGAUUCCCAGAGGGAAACUGUGAAUGCUUCUGAUUUAGCAAUGCUGUGAAUAAAAGAAAGAUUUUAUAACCUUGACUUCACUUUUUAACCAAGUCGUUUAUUCCAAAGAGUAUGGAACUUGGGGUUUUCUUUGUUGGGGGAGGGCGGGGCGGGCAGAGAUGCAACUCAUUCUGUUUGGCAUCUGAUUCAUAUUUUUAAUUUUCUUUUCCAGCACCUUAUAAAUUGCAAAAUGUGUAUUUGCAUUUGGGGUGGUUUUUUUAUUUUUAUAUAUAUAUAAAUUUGAGCUUUGCUUCUUUCUUGCUUUGACAAAUGAAAGAAAUAUGAUUCCUUUUUCUGUAAGUUUUAUUUAACUUUUCUUUUGGACUUUUGGUGUAGUUGUUUUUUUGAGAAACAGCUGCAGCUUUGGGUCAUUUUCAACUACUGUAUUCCCACAAGGAAUCCCUAGAUAUUUAUGUAUCUUGAUGUUUAGACACUUACUUAAUGUGUUGAUACUUUUUUAUUAUUUAAAUGUGCUUAUAUUAAGAAAAAUAUCAAGUACUACAUUUUUUGUUUUUGAUAGUAGCCAGAGUUAAUUGUAUCACAUUGAAGAAGGUUGGGAAAAAAAAGGAUGGGUAAUGUGAUCACUUGGUUAUCUAAAUAUUGUUUACAUUAAACUCCCUUUAAUGUUAAUCAAAGGAGUCAGUAGCUAAUGCAGCCAUGUUUUUAUUAGGCUUUUUAGAUACUGAGGGUCACUCCAAAGAUCUGAAGUAUGGAAUUUUCUGCUAAGCUCAACAAAAGGUCUCAUACCUGACUCCCUCCCUUCAAAUCUGGUUCCAGAGGGUUGGGGUAGAUGCCAAUGAUUGCACCUCUGGAGAGGAUUUAUUUUCUGCCUAGGGGGUUUGCUCACUCCAUGGCCUCUUAAUAAUGUUAGGCAUGCUUUAUAACAGAAUGAGUCCAAAGUAAGCUGUGUGGAGAAAUGGUAUCCACAUGGAAACCAAAUGAAUGAAUUUAGGGGUUCCUUAAUUGCUCCAUUCUGGGGUAGGAAGGAGAUCAUCUGAACCCAGAGUUCAGAUGUUCGUUCAGCUCCAAGGAGAUAUUCCUCUUUGAUACUAUAUCUGUUGGUUGAUGCAGAAGAAAGCUUGUGGCUGUCCCCCAAGGCUGGGAGUGGAAGGGACGGGAUGCCUUUAACAGCAAAGGUGUCCAGGUCAGUUUUCAUAGGGUGGGCCCAGAAGCAGGCCCAAACAAGCCAAACUCCCUCCACCUGCCUCAGUGAAGUCAUGUGGGGAGGGCGUCAUCCGUCAUCCCACCUGUGCAGGACCCAUCCCAUGCUGCUCCUUCUCCACCCAGCUUUGUGUUGCUCUCACCAGGCUGAGACCCUACCCUAUAGGGUGUGUGCACUUUUGCCGGUGCAUCAACAUGACAGGAAAGAUUCAUGUCACUGCCCAUGGCUACAAUUCAAACAUAUCCAAUGUCACUGUAAAUUUUAUGGCACUAUUUUUAUUGGAGGAUUUGGUCACAAGGCAGUUGUUGUACAACUCAUAAAUACUAACUGCUGAUUUUAACAUAUGUGUGCUCAAAAUGAUCUGGUGGUUAUUUAAUGUACCUCUUAAAUUAGUUGAAAUGAUUUCAGGUCAACUCUGAAGAGUAUUUGAAAGCAGGACUUCAGAACAGUGUUUGAUUUUUUAUUUUAUAAAUUUAAGGAUUCAAAUUAGAAAGAUCUUUGGCUGCAGGCAGCAAAACAGCUGGUCUUAUUUAAAACAACUUGUUUUUGAGUUUUCUUAUAUAUAUAUAUAUGUAUUGAUUAUUUGUUUUACACAGAUGCAGUAGCACUUUGGUAAGAAUUAAAGAGUAAAGCAGUUUGUGUUGUCAGAUCGUUCUUAUCUAGAAAAGAGCUAAAGCAGAUCUUAGAGAAACUCAGAAUAUUCUAUUUAUUUUCAUUUUAGACAUAAUUCUCCCUCCAUAACUCAUUUUCAUGUUUUAUUCUGUAUUACAUUUUUUGCAGCAAAAUUACCCUUAAAUGUCAGUAGAUUUCAAUUUUUUUAAUAUCUGAAAAGGACCAUUAGCCCAUUCACCCCAAAUUGAACUUGUGUUCUUUUCAGCACAUUGCCUUAUCUGACCUGACAAAAUGUUGAUUAAAAAAUGAAGGAAAAGUAUAUUUUUCAGUUCAGUUCUGGUACCUGAAGAUAUUCCAACUCAAAAUCAACGUAAUGCCCUACAAGGGAAAUGAUAUAAAUCUCUCACAUUGAAUCUUCACUUUCAAAGCCAUGUGUGAGGAGAGCUUGUCACUUUGUUGUAGACCCAAGGGUUUGGCCAUUCAGAGAUUCACAGACCAUUACCAACAUAUAUAGUAUUUAAUCUCUCCAGAAAGAAAAAGUUAAACCUUCGUUGUUUUAGAGAUAAGCCUCAUACUUAAUGCAUUUUCUGCCCCUGAAGAAUUCCAUUCUACUGCCUUCAGGUAAAUUAAGGUGGUCCUUUCAUCAAGUAGACCCUUAAGCCAAUAAAGUAAUAACUGGAUGUAUCUGGGAGCAUUGGUCCAGAAGAAGAAAGAUUAAAUAAGCCAUCUCUACUGCUUGUAAAUGCCCUUAUUUAUAAGUUCAACAUAGACACAUAUUUCUGUUCUUUUUGUUUUUCUCUCUAAAAAUACUUAACAUUUUUCUUCCUCUCUGCCCCCACUAAACAUCUCCGUCUUUCUCUCUCCUCGUACCUCCUCUGUUCUCCAACUUUAUAUAAGGAAACAGCACGCACACCCGUCCCGACACCAAAUACAGGACUGGAGGAGCUGCCCUUUCCCUCUCUACAUGAAAGAGCGUAGUGAGUCAGCCUUUCUCCUGCCGAUGGGUUUCUUCCAGCAGAAUGGAGAGCUUGCCAACAUUUUGGAUCUGCUUGCUGUCCGAGUGCAGCAAUAGAAGCCUUUCUGGGCAAAUUACAAUCAGUGAGUUAAGAGACAGACUUUCUGCUGCCUAGGGUUUCUGUGCAGAUAAACAGAAAUGCUCUGAUUAGAAAGGAAAUGAAUGGUUUCACUCGAAUGUCCUGCAAUUUAGGAUUGCCGAUUUCUCUCUUGAAAUACCUGUUUCCUUGGGACAUUCCGUCCUGGUAAUUUUUGUUUUUUAAUGUUUUUUGUUUUCUGGGGGAUGACAUGUUUGGAGUCUUUUAUACAUGAAAACUCGGUUUAACAAUGAUAUCACAAAAUAUUUUUCACAUCUGAACAAAAUGAUUUUUGUUUACCUGCAGUAUACAAUCUUUGGGGGUUUUUUUUUUUUUUUUUUUGGUCUAUUUCUUUCUUUGGGGUUUUCCCCUCCCUUUAGCCAGAUCAGUAUUGACGCUGAUCAUUUGGCUUUUUUUUUCCUUCCAGAAGAGUUGCAUCAACAAAGUUAAUUGUAUUUAUGUAUGUAAAUAGAUUUUAAGCUUUCAUUAUAAAAUAUUGUUAAUACCUGUAAUAAUUUUUUUCCAAUUUUUGUGUGUGUUUCUAAGGAUAUUUUCUUAUGUUUGCUAAAUACUGUAGACAAAAAAAUGCUUCUUUCUUUGUUUAUUUUAGACUUAAAAACGAGCUACUUUUUAUUCACUUUUGUAAAGAGCUAAUAGCAUGGUUCCAAUUUUUUUUUAAGAAGUUCAUUUUCUGUUAUGGGUAAAUGAAUGUGCAAAAAAAAAAACUUGGUUAUUUGUGAUAUUCUGGAUGUAUAAAAAUCAAUGGAAAAAAAAUAAACUUCCAAAUUGAAAUGACAGUAUAUAACACAUCUGUUGAAAACGUCAUGAUGAGCAACAGUCACUGCCUGCCUCGGCCCCACCUUGUGUCUAUUUGUGUAGCAGUUUCUGGAUCCAUUCACAAAGCAUGCUGGAAAUUGUGUGGUUUCUUUCUUCCUGGUACUGACCUAUGAACACUUUCUGCAAGGGACCCAUCAAUCUUGAAUUUUAAACGAGAUGCAUUAUGAGCAAACACCCCAGAAGCCCUUCUCCAAGGUGUUUCUAGGUAGCACAGGAAAGCAGACACCCCAUCGUGCAUGGUCCAUUCACUGAACGAAAUCUGACUGGCCAUCCCCUCUGCCAGGCUGCUGGCCCAGCCUGUGCAGGGCAGCCGGACUGCCGUUGCCUAGGAACCAAUGGAGCCUUA